AUGCAGCAACCACAUGUACAUUGUUCGCUCUUUUCCGCUAAGAACGCGUCGCUAGUCCGUCCAGAAAUAGUUAUUCGAGAGGCUCGGCAGAAAAAUACCGAGCUAAGAUUCGUUCGAUUCCAAUGGCAGGAUCAUUCAGGAAUCCUCCGAGGCCGAGUGGUCCCGAUCGAGCGAUGCCUACGGUUGGCAGUCGAGAAGAAACUUACCAGCAUGCGCACUGGCUCACCAAGCUGUGCUUCAGGAGCAUGGUAUGCCACUGUGAUGUGUGGCGUAGUACGCACCAUGCCCGACCAGCGAAGACCAAAUUAUGGUCUAUAUCCACGGUGUGCACUAGCAAGGGUCAUGCGAAAGGCGGCACACGGUCAUGACCUCAACCUUCUGGUGGGGUUCGAGGUAGAGUUCGAGAUCAUGAAGACCUCUGGCGACAAUAGUAUUAUUCCACAUAUUAAUAGCCUUGGUCGGUUUGCAAUUGGGGGACUACGUGAACCAUGGUUUGCACAGGUGGAAGAGUGCAUUGAUGAACUUCUAGAUGCGGGUGUCGGUAUCCAAUCAUUCCACACUGAGGGCCGUCGGGGGCAGUAUGAGAUAUCUCUCGACCCACUUCCACCCUUGCAGGCGGUAGAUGAGCUAGUGCUGGUGCACGAUCGCAUGAAAAGAGUGUUCAGUAGACAUGGGUAUAUCGCCACUGUGUGUCCAAAGCCGGUGGCAGGCCGGCGGCAAGCCAUUGGCCAGCAUACACACAUCUCUGUUCAUCCGCCACAUUGCGAAAGUUCCUUCCUCGCUGGUAUGCUCAACCGACUGGGUUCACUCUCCGGUGACCUCGUCGCCUGGGGUACCCAAGAUCGGGAAGUUCCUAUUCGCAAGAUGAGCCCUGGACAUUGGGAAAUCAGAUGCGUGGACGCAACUGCCAAUAUGUACCUAACAUUGGCCUCCAUCUUGAGUGCUGGUAUCCUGGGCCUCAUUGGCCAAGAACCCUUGGCUUGGCCAGAUACAUCACUCCUCCAAGAAGGCGUGAAUAUGUCUUAUGCGGAGCCAGUUUACCUCCCUCGAACCCUGGACGUCGCUCUAGACCUGCUUGAAGCGAAUGCAGAUGAAUUAUAA